UUCCAAUGAGCCAUAAGCGCCAGCUGAAAGGCGCCCCGUAGCGCCCGCCGGCUGACCCCUCCCCGCAGACAGCCUCUGCGGAGUGCGGCCCGAGGCGGGAGCCGCUCGCCCAAUGGCGGCCAGAGCGGCCCCCGGGCCAGGCGGCCAGAGCGGCCCCGUGGGCUGGGCUGCCGGGCCCGUCUGCCCCACUGUGAAGCCGAGCUCUUACCGUUCGUGUUGGAAUCACCUACAGGGACGGUAGCACGUCAGUAACGGUGGGAGGCGGUAGUGGCCGCCACUAAGUCACGGGAUCAUAGAAUUAUAGUAAUGGAACAGCUUGGGUUGGAAGGGACUUUCAAAGUUCAUCUAGCCCAACCCCCUGCAAUGAGUAGGGGCAUCCUCAACUAGAUCAGUUUGCUCAGAGCCCCAUCCAGCGUGGCCUUGAAUGUCUCCACGGAUAGGGCAUCUGCCACCUCUCUGGGCAAUCUAUGCCAGUGUUUCACCGCCCCCAUUGUACAAAAUGCCUAACCUGAAUCUCGCUUCCUUUAGUUUAAAACCAAUACCCCUUGUCCUAUUGUAACAGACCCUGCUAAAAAGUCUGUCCCCAUCUUUAUAGGCCCGUUUCCUCAUAGGAGCAAUGUUCCAGUCCUGUCAUCAUCUUUGUGUCCAUAUGCUUGACUCUCUCCAGUAUGUCCAUGUCUCUCUUGUACUGAUGCUGUUGAUAUGUUGAUGCAGAGGAUAUCGGGGGAUGCCAGCUCUCAAUGCCUGCCUGUGUCUCAAGCACUUCCACACUGAGUGUUGGGUGUAGAAAGAGUGACUAGUAGAAGUGUCCAGUGGUCACAAGGCUUCCUUCUCAAACCCGUGCUGUCCACUUCUGCUUUCCUAAUGACAGGAGCUGGGCUGCCAGUUUGCCAUAGCCAUUGCUUAUUCCUCUUUCCACCUUGUACUCUCACUAUUCACCUGCUACGGUCCUGGGAGGCAGCUCUUCAGAGUGACACAUUCUCACAGCCUCUUGCAUUAGCAACAAUUAGAAUACCCAUACACUUUGUGAUUAAUCACCUCUUCCACUGAUAUCUACUCUAAGACAUCCCUUAACAGGUCAGGAAAUGGAAGUUGUUUCACUUCCACUGCUCUCCAUGCUGUUAUAAAUUUAGUUAUUUUGAUCAGCUGGAGAUAGAGGUUGCCAUUUCACACUUCUUGUCUUCUGAAUGCAGCCUCAGGUUUCCUGUUUCCCAGGCGUUGAGCCCUGUCGCUCAACAGCCUGAUUGAAACAUCUUGUCAUACGCACUCUUUGCGUUGGCAUGGAGGGAAGCAGAUCAGAAACUUCUGCAGCUGAAGCGAGUGAGGAAAUAAUUUAUACUUCUGUUAAAUUCUCUCCGUUGAGGGCCAAAGCUGCACAGGAAAAAAGAGCUCCCUGUCUGUGGCCAGCAGUUGUGCGGGGCUUGGCUAUAGGCUUUGGGAUACUGAGCAUCUCCCUGGCAAUUGCUUUGAUUUGGAAGAUGAGCGACACCCACCCACGCUGCCCUGAGCAGUGGGUGGCCUACAGAGGGAGCUGCUACUCCUUCUCCAAGGAGAAGAAGGACUGGAAUUCCAGCCAGGAAUCCUGCUGGGCAAAGGGUGCCCAUCUCCUGGUGAUCAGCGAUGCCUGGGAAAUGGAUCUGUUCAAGAGUAUUCAAACAGAAUGUUUCUGGAUUGGACUGAGGAACAGCCCAGGAUCUGGAUGGAUUUGGGAAGAUGGCUCUGAAUUAAAUGGCAUCAAGGUCCUCUCUAACAGCCCUGUGCAAUGCUGUGGUGUCCUGAUGAAAGGUCAGUUGCAGGCCUCCAGCUGUGAAUUUUCUGCUGCAUGGAUCUGUGAGAAAUCUCUUAGAUAAAUCCCAUGUGCAUUUUCAUCUCAUAACCAUCUCAUCAGUUGUACAAGUGGACCAUUGUCCUGCAAAACAAAGCUCUACACAAGACCAAGGACUUGCCCUUUCCACACCCUCACAAAGGUGUUCUGCAGUGAUGGGUUUGUUGCCCAUAAGGGCAAUUUAUCCUCAGUAUCAGAUCCAUUCUCAGUCCACAUCUGUUGCAUUACUGCUGUUUGUGACCAGAUGAGACCUGGGACAUGUCCCCUGCCCUAGUCUUUCCUUAUUUGUCCUAUAAGGGCAAAGAAAAGUUUUGUCACAACAGAUGCUGGGUCUUCAGAUCUCUGAAGGUGAGCUGGCCAUUCUCCUCCAUUCCUGAGCAUCAGAUUUCAUUUUCAUUCCCUGCUGUCUUCAUUGUCUGGUGCCAGCAGGACCAGGAAAACGAAGCCUACUGUUAACUGCUGGAAACACAUGAACUGACUUCUCCCAGUGGCAGCCUCUCUUUUUGCAUCCCAUGCUGUAAGUGGGAGAGAAGAGUGUGAAAUGAGACUACAACUUCAGUAAAUCCAGCAACGAAAACAAACCUUCAGUACUGCACUGGAUCAAAAGUGUGUACCCAUGUCAUUACGUCUCUCUGUUGGAAGGAACCAACUGCACACUGUUGCAUAGGCCAGCUUCAAAGCAAGCAGUCAAGAGGCUGGAUUUCUGGAGUCAAAGGAAUACAGCCAGUUGUGUUGUAUUAUUGAAUCAACCAAGAACAUGUUUCCCUCUCCACCUCUGCAGGUUCGUACUGCAGAGAGAGGAAGCAGCAGACAACUCCUUACUGCAAGGAACUUUCAGUUCAAAUAGAGCAGUCACAGGCUAUGAGUGUGAACAGCACAAAGCCACAGUGAACAGAGUAAGACAGCAGGUUGCAUUUCCACACACCUCAAAAACUCUUUUCCACACAGAGGUUUUGUUCCAACAUAAGAAGAGAAAUUGUAUUAAUUCCCAAUUUAUCCUAUUUAUCCUAAUACAUUUACAUUACAUUCCUACUUACUAUUAUCUGUUUACCCAGCAAGGGUAGGCCUGCUUUUCAAUAACCAUGCCUGCAACAGCCAGACCUGGGGAAACUGAGAAAAACACAGUGUACUAGGACCUAAAAACUUCAAGUUUUCAUCAUCGUCAGGGUUACUUUGUGUGUGUAAUUUUGUCUAUGCCAGAGUCCAUUCAAUGAUCAAAAGAAGGUGCUGUCCCUGACUCCCGGAAAGUUGCCAGGCUCUAUGUAAUAAUGCUGGAGACUUUGCCUGCUCUGUCAAAAUUGUGAUAGCAUCUACAGAAAGAAACCUAGCAGUUAAUUUACCAGAGAUCUCCGUGAGAGAACAGUUAAUCAUGCUAUCAUGAUGCCUGUAGGUGCUGUGAGCAUGUCUCAAAGCUUGUGCAGUUUGCCUUGCAAAUAGUGCAACAGUUGCUUCCCUUAGGAUUUUACAGUGUAGCCCAUGGUAGACUAUUUAACUUUUUAGCUCUUCAAACACGGCCUCUCAAUCUCAUAUGAAAGUGAUACUCAGGAACUGUAAAAUAAAUAUAUAUACUAGGUUACCUCAAAA